AUGAAAAAGGUUAACACUGCUCUGACUACUGAUAAGCCUAUUGUCUCUGAAAAAGAUGACAACGAUGAGAAGGACAAACAAACUAAGGCAUUAGAAGCUUGGGUCGAAAAUGAUUUUUUAUGCAAAAAUUUCAUUCUCAAUGGUUUAUCUGAUGACUUGUAUGACUAUUAUAAUUCUGACAAAAAUGCUAAGGAAAUCUGGGAUGCACUGCAAAAGAAGUAUGACACUGAGGAGGCUGGAACCAAGAAGUACGCUGUCAGUCGCUACCUCAAAUUUCAGAUGACCGAUGACAAGUUAGUGGAAGCCCAAUCUCAUGAACUUCAGAAAAUCGCUCAUGAAAUAAUUUCUGAAGGUAUAUCUUUAGAUGAACAAUUUCAAGUUGCUGUAAUUAUUGACAAAUUGCCCCCUGCGUGGAAAGAUUUUAAAAAAUUUCUCAGGCACAAAACAAAAGAAUUUUCACUAGAAAGUCUGAUCACUCGCCUUCGUAUUGAGGAGGAAGCUCGUAAACAAGACCAGAAAGAAGAAGUGCUUGUUGUAUCCAGCAACAACAACACUAACAAAAAGUCCACUGCGGUUCUGAAACCCAAUGGGAAAAACUUCAAGAAUCAGAAUUGA